AUGACUCAAAAUGCUAUGGAUGAGGCCAAUAAAUUAAUCGAGCAACAAGAAUUGGCUAAGACCUUAACCCAACAAUCAGAACAUCUGAAUAAUGCUGAUCCUCUUGAUGCAAUCCAAGUUAUUAAAGAUGUUCAAGAUUUAAUUGAAAAAGUUACGGAAAACAAAAACGAAGUUGACAUAGAACAAUCUAUUACAAAUUUCAAUAUUGAUCAAUUACGUAUAUUCAAUACAAUUACUUGUACAAUAUCUAGCAAUAAAGUAUUAAGAAUGUUUGUAAGCGGAUUUGGAGGUACGGGUAAAAGUUACGUGAUUGAAAAUUUGGUUUUAUGGAACAAAGUAAAGAGAAAUAAAAAUACUGCUGUGGCUGCUCCGACUGGUAUUGCAGCAUAUAAUAUUCAGGGACUUACAAUCCAUAGAUUGUUGCAAUUACCUGUAGAGCAAGGAGGCACGGCAAAAUAUAAACCUUUGUCAGAUAAUUCGCUGAAAAGAAUACGGCAAAGUUUAAAAGAUGUUGAUUUUAUCAUCAUUGAUGAAAUUUCCAUGAUAUCAAAUAUAACGCUCAUGUAUAUUCAUUUACAACUUGCAGAAAUAUUUUGUACAUCAGACAAAGAAGACGGAUGGUUUGGUAAGAUACAUAUUGUAGUAUUUGGUGAUUUACUUCAACUACCACCUGUACGGGAAGAUUUUCCAUUCGUUGCAAUAACUAGAUCACAAAUUGAUAAAUAUAUUAAAGGCAUAAUGUCUUUUAAUUUAUGGACAUUGUUCAAUUACGACGAACUCACUAUAAAUAUGAGACAAAAAAACGAUAACAUUUAUUCAGACAUUCUGACAAGAAUAAGAUUAGGUUAUUUAACCAAUUCUGAUAUAGAAGCUUUACAAAAAAGAAAGAUUCAUUUUUCAACUAAUACUCCUUCAGUCUCUCUUCAGGAAUUAUGUGAAUAUUUCAAUAAUUUACCAAGCAAUACAGUUUGUCUCAUGCCGACUAAAGAUAUAUGUACAAUACUUAAUAAUACCAUGCUGAAUAAACUUGAGUCGGAAGAGAUAAAGCUGUUUGCUAAUGAUUGUUAUAAAUGCCCGAAAAGAUUAGAAAAACGCGUUUUGAAAAUCUUAAAUGAUGACGAUGACAAUGUAUGUGGUAUUUCUCGAGUUAUUACAAUCAAAAUAGGCUGCAAAAUUAUGAUACGAAGGAAUAUCGAUGUGUCUAUUGGAUUAGUUAAUGGCACUAUAGCAACAGUCCUUGCAGUAAGCAAAGGAAAAACCGGUAUAGACAGCGUUACCAUAAAACUUCAGUCAAAUCAACAAGAAUAUUGUAUCAAACGAUUAGAAUACCAAUUCCAAAUAAUGGAACAGAUAUAUAUUACAAGACAACAAUCUGCCUGA